AUGAUUAACGACGACGGAAAGCUCGUUGACCUUUACAUCCCCCGCAAGUGCUCUGCCACUUCCCGCCUCUUGCCCGCUCAGGACCACGGAUCCAUCCAGAUCAACAUCGGCCUGGUUGACGAGAACGGUGUUUACAACAACCAGAACAUCUCCUUCGCCAUUAGCCACAAGAUGCGUCUGGGUGGCGACGCUGACGAGGCCAUGAACCGCCUUUUCAAGGAGCACGGCCUGCUCAACUGA